AUGCCUCCAAACAUUCACAUUUACUCUGCUUAUUUUGACAACCGCUCCAUUAGGGGAACCAAUAUACCACAUCUACCUCUAGUUCGAAUUUUUGGAUGGCACGAUCUGAAGGCUCCUCGUAUCACAAACGUCCAGUGCCUGCUUAGCGUCAAUAAGAAGAAUUUUUCUAGAACAGACGUCACUGGCGAUCUAUGGAGAAAGAUCGAAUCUACAAUUAUUAUAAACUGUCAACAUCAAGAAUUUUCUCACGUUGUGCCCAAGUGGGUGACAAUUGUAGAAACUGGAGUCGACGUAAGUCCAACUAGAUGGAUUCUUGUCCACAACAAUCUACAGCAUGAUUAUAAGCAUAGAAAAGGAAAAAUGGUUAUGUGUGUCCAACCAAUGAGAGGGCCUUACGACAAUUUUCAACAACUUGCUGAGUCUAUUGCAUUUUAUUCGGUAUUGGGUGUUUCUCACUUUGCUUUUUAUGAUUACCAAACUACUUCAAGAGUGAAAAAUAUGUUUAAAAAAAUAAUACGAUCAGGAAUAUCCAUCGAGAUAAAUCCAUGGGAUAUUACUUGGCCUAUCCCUCAAUACGGUUAUUUGGGAGAUAGGUACGCUCAACUUACCCAGUUGCAAGACUGCACCUAUAAAAAUCAGUACCAAUACGAGUACAUUGUAAACGUUGACAUAGACGAGUUCAUUGUUCCACUAAGAUCUGGAAGCUUGCCUGAAAUGAUGGAAAAUAUCUCUAAGAUGUAUCCAAAAAGUGAUUAUUUUCGGUUUCCACAUGUUUUAGUAUGCAGAAACCGUAUCCCAGCCCCCAGACCUUUUAAGAGUUAUGGCAAUUUUUGGAUUCUACAAAAUACCUUGAGGACACUUAUUCCCAAUAACAGUACUUGGUACCAGAAGACCAUCUAUAGACCAGAGAAGGUUGUAUACACCAGACAGCACCGUAGUGUCUGGCUAAUAUCCGGGUCUUUAUCCACAAAUUUGGAUGAGGAAGCCCUUGUAUUUCAUGUAAAGUUUUGCACUAAACCCAUUUAUCGAAGGAAAAUGAUAGAAGAUCAGAUAAUUCCAAAACGCUUUGGCACCAAAAUAAAUCAUGUUCUUCAGCAAUGGUUUCCAUGA